ACCUUCUGGGGCUUUCCUCCCUUUUCCGUCUUCCUCCUUCCCGGGAAGUGAAUUGCUGAUGCGGAUCGGACCCGAUUCAUUAAUGAUGCAGCCGGAUUCGUUGCGGGAUUGUGUUGCACGAGUUGAAUUUUGAAUGAAGGAGAAGAGUUGUAUUUUGUUGUUUUCUUCUUUUUUAAAGAAGUCCUGACUCUUUGGUUCGCUGUACUUUUAAUUAUUAUUUUAUUUAAAUAUACGACUUAAUUGUAUUAUUCUUAAGAUGUAUAAAAGAUCUAUUUUAUGGUAACUUUCCCUCCCAAUACAUGCAUCUGUGCGGGAUCGAAGACGCUUCGGUAAAGGGAGCUUCCUGGCGUGUUGGGGUGUCAUUCAGCACCGGCCGUGCAUGACAGUUGUGUGCAGGACGAGGGGUUUAUUUUUAAAACCGCACCUUUUAAAAUUUAGGAUCAGAUACUCGUAGUGCAAACCGUAAUACUCAUUGAAGGGAAAAGCGGCGGACCCCGAAGCAAACAUGUCUGGGGAAGUGCGUUUGAGGCAGUUGGAGCAGUUCAUUUUGGACGGGCCGGCUCAGACCAAUGGGCAGUGCUUCAGUGUGGAGACGCUGCUGGAUAUACUCAUCUGCCUUUAUGAUGAAUGCAAUAAUUCUCCGCUGCGAAGAGAGAAGAACAUUCUUGAAUACUUGGAAUGGGCCAAACCAUUUACUUCUAAAGUAAAACAGAUGCGCCUACAUAGAGAAGACUUUGAGAUAUUGAAGGUGAUAGGUCGAGGAGCUUUUGGAGAGGUUGCUGUAGUGAAACUAAAAAAUGCAGAUAAGGUAUUUGCCAUGAAAAUAUUGAACAAAUGGGAAAUGCUGAAAAGAGCUGAGACAGCAUGUUUUCGUGAAGAAAGGGAUGUAUUAGUGAAUGGAGAUAAUAAAUGGAUUACAACUCUGCAUUAUGCUUUCCAGGAUGACAAUAACUUAUACCUGGUCAUGGAUUAUUAUGUUGGUGGGGAUUUGCUUACUCUGCUCAGCAAAUUUGAAGAUAGAUUGCCUGAAGAUAUGGCUCGAUUUUACUUGGCCGAGAUGGUGAUAGCAAUCGAUUCCGUUCAUCAGCUGCACUAUGUGCACAGGGACAUCAAACCUGAUAAUAUAUUGAUGGAUAUGAAUGGACAUAUUCGAUUAGCAGAUUUUGGUUCUUGUCUGAAGCUGAUGGAAGAUGGAACGGUCCAGUCCUCAGUGGCUGUUGGAACUCCAGAUUAUAUCUCUCCUGAAAUCCUUCAAGCCAUGGAAGAUGGGAAAGGGAGAUAUGGGCCUGAAUGUGACUGGUGGUCUCUGGGGGUCUGUAUGUAUGAAAUGCUUUAUGGAGAAACACCAUUUUAUGCAGAAUCUCUGGUGGAGACAUAUGGAAAAAUCAUGAAUCAUAAAGAGAGGUUUCAGUUUCCAGCUCAAGUGACCGAUGUGUCUGAAAAUGCUAAGGAUCUUAUUCGAAGGCUCAUUUGCAGCAGAGAACACCGACUUGGUCAAAAUGGGAUAGAAGACUUUAAGAAACACCCAUUUUUCAGUGGAAUUGAUUGGGAUAAUAUUCGAAACUGUGAAGCACCUUAUAUUCCAGAAGUUAGUAGCCCAACAGAUACAUCAAAUUUUGAUGUGGAUGAUGAUUGUUUAAAGAAUUCUGAAACGAUGCCCCCACCCACACAUACUGCAUUUUCUGGGCACCAUCUGCCAUUUGUUGGUUUCACAUAUACUAGUAGCUGUGUUCUUUCCGAUCGGAGCUGUUUACGUGUCACAGCCGGUCCUGCGUCCCUGGACCUUGAUGUCAGUGUCCAGAGGACUCUCGACAACAACCUGGCAACCGAGGCGUACGAGAGGAGAAUCAAGCGCCUCGAACAGGAAAAACUUGAGCUGAGUAGAAAGCUUCAAGAGUCAACACAGACUGUUCAAGCUCUACAGUAUUCAACUGCUGAUGGUCCAUUAACAGCAAGCAAAGAUUUAGAAAUAAAAACCUUAAAAGAAGAAAUUGAAAAACUAAGGAAACAAGUAAGAGAAUCAAGUCACUUAGAGCAACAACUUGAGGAAGCCAACUCUGUGAGGAGAGAGCUAGAUGAUACUUUUCGACAAGUCAAGUCUUAUGAAAAACAAAUUAAAACACUACAACAAGAAAGGGAAGAAUUAAACAAGGAACUAGUCCAGGCUAGUGAGCGAUUAAAAAACCAGUCCAAAGAGCUGAAAGACGCACACUGUCAGAGGAAACUGGCCAUGCAGGAAUUCAUGGAGAUCAAUGAGCGGCUAACAGAAUUGCACACCCAAAAACAGAAACUUGCUCGCCAUGUCCGAGAUAAGGAAGAAGAGGUGGACCUGGUGAUGCAAAAAGUUGAAAGCUUAAGGCAAGAACUGCGCAGAACAGAGAGAGCCAAAAAAGAGCUGGAAGUUCAUACAGAAGCUGUGGCUGCUGAAGCAUCUAAAGACAGGAAACUGCGUGAACAGAGCGAGCACUAUUCUAAGCAACUGGAAAAUGAAUUGGAGGGACUAAAGCAAAACCAAAUUAGUUACUCGCCAGGACUGUGCAGCAUAGAACAUCAGCAAGAGAUAACCAAACUAAAGACUGAUUUAGAAAAGAAAAGUAUCUUUUAUGAAGAAGAAUUGUCUAAAAGAGAAGGAAUACAUGCAAAUGAAAUUAAAAAUCUGAAGAAAGAACUUCAUGAUUCAGAAGGCCAGCAACUUGCUCUCAACAAGGAAAUUAUGAUUUUGAAAGACAAAUUGGAAAAAAACAGGAGAGAGAGUCAAAGUGAAAGGGAAGAAUUUGAAAAUGAGUUCAAACAACAGUAUGAACGAGAAAAAGUAUUAUUAACUGAAGAAAAUAAAAAACUGACAAGUGAACUUGAUAAGCUCACCACUUUGUAUGAGAACUUAAGUAUGCGCAACCAGCAGUUAGAAGAAGAGGUAAAAGACCUAGCAGACAAGAAAGAAUCAGUUGCACAUUGGGAAGCCCAAAUCACAGAAAUAAUUCAGUGGGUCAGUGAUGAAAAGGAUGCACGAGGGUAUCUCCAGGCCUUAGCUUCUAAAAUGACAGAAGAGUUGGAAGCUUUGAGAAAUUCCAGCUUGGGUGCACGAGCAACAGAUAUGCCCUGGAAAAUGCGUCGUUUUGCAAAACUGGAUAUGUCAGCUAGGCUGGAGUUGCAGUCAGCCCUGGAUGCAGAAAUAAGAGCUAAGCAGGCCAUCCAAGAAGAGCUGAAUAAAGUUAAAGCAGCUAACAUCAUCACAGAAUGUAAACUAAAAGAUUCAGAGAAGAAGAACUUGGAGCUACUCUCAGAAAUCGAACAACUGAUAAAGGACACUGAAGAGCUUAGAUCUGAAAAGGGUAUAGAGCACCAAGACUCACAGCAUUCUUUCUUGGCAUUUUUGAAUACGCCUACCGAUGCUCUGGAUCAAUUUGAAGAUUCCUUUUCUUCUUCCUCAUCUUCACUGAUUGAUUUUUUGGAUGACCGCUCUCCGUCCUGUACUCCAGCUAGCAAAGGCAGACGUACUGAUCCUGUUGAGAACACAUAUGUACGGAAUCCGAACGUCAAGGUUAACAUCCAGUCAAGGUCCACAUCUCCUUCCACAUCUAGUGAAGCUGAGCCAGUUAAGAUUGUAGACAGUACUCCUCCUCCAGUUCACACACCAACCUUAAGGAAAAAGGGAUGUCCUGGUUCAACUGGCUUUCCGGCUAAGCGCAAGACCCAUCAGUUUUUUGUCAAAUCUUUCACUACCCCUACCAGAUGUCACCAGUGCACCUCUCUGAUGGUGGGUUUGAUAAGACAGGGCUGUUCCUGUGAAGUGUGUGGAUUUUCAUGUCAUAUAACUUGUGUAAACAAAGCUCCAACUGCUUGUCCAGUCCCGCCUGAGCAGACAAAAGGGCCUCUGGGGAUAGACCCGCAGAAGGGAAUAGGAACAGCAUAUGAAGGUCAUGUCAGGAUCCCAAAGCCAGCUGGAGUGAAGAAAGGAUGGCAAAGAGCAUUGGCUGUGGUUUGUGACUUUAAACUCUUCCUAUACGAUGUUGCGGAAGGAAAAGCGUCUCAGCCCAGUGUCGUGGUCAGUCAGGUGAUUGACAUGAGGGAUGAAGAAUUUUCUGUGAGUUCAGUCUUGGCUUCUGAUGUUAUUCAUGCAAGUCGAAAAGAUAUACCCUGCAUAUUCAGAGUCACGGCUUCCCAGCUCUCGGCGUCUGACAGCAGGUGUUCGGUCCUGAUGCUCGCGGAGAGCGAGAGCGAGAGGAACAAGUGGGUGGGCAUGCUCAGUGAGCUGCACAAGAUUUUGAAGAAAAGCAAAUUCAGAGACCGCUCAGUCUAUGUUCCCAAGGAGGCUUAUGACAGCACUCUGCCCCUCAUUAAAACAACCCAGGCAGCUGCAAUCAUAGAUCACGAAAGGAUAGCGCUGGGCAAUGAAGAAGGGUUGUUUGUUGUUCAUGUCACCAAAGAUGAAAUUAUUAGAGUUGGUGACAAUAAGAAGAUACAUCAGAUUGAACUCAUUCCAAAUGAUCAGCUUGUUGCUGUGAUCUCAGGACGAAAUCGUCAUGUGCGACUUUUUCCCCUGUCAGCUUUGGACGGACGAGAGACUGAUUUUUAUAAGCUGGCAGAAACUAAAGGGUGUCAGUCCAUAACUUCUGGCAAAGUGUGCCAUGGAGCUCUCACAUGCCUGUGUGUGGCUAUGAAAAGGCAGGUCCUCUGUUAUGAACUAUUUCAGAGCAAGACCCGUCACAGAAAAUUUAAGGAAAUUCAAGUGCCAUAUAAUGUGCAAUGGAUGGCGAUCUUCAGUGAACAACUCUGCGUGGGAUUCCAGUCGGGAUUCCUCAGAUACCCCUUGAAUGGGGAAGGAAGUCCGUACAGCAUGCUCCAUUCAAAUGACCACACACUAUCGUUUAUUUCACAUCAGCCGAUGGAUGCCAUCUGUGCAGUUGAGAUCUCCAGUAAAGAGUAUCUGCUGUGUUUUAACAGCAUCGGGGUAUACACCGACUGCCAGGGCCGGAGAUCGAGACAGCAGGAACUGAUGUGGCCAGCAAAUCCUUCCUUUUGUUGUUACAAUGCACCGUAUCUCUCGGUGUACAGUGAAAACGCGGUUGAUAUCUUCGACGUGAACUCUAUGGAAUGGAUUCAGACUCUCCCACUCAAAAAGGUUCGACCCUUAAACAAUGAAGGAUCAUUAAACCUUUUAGGGUUGGAGACAAUUAGAUUAAUAUAUUUCAAAAAUAAGAUGGCAGAAGGGGAUGAACUGGUGGUUCCUGAAACAUCGGACAAUAGUCGGAAGCAGAUGGUUAGAAACAUCAACAACAAACGGCGCUUCUCCUUCAGGGUCCCAGAAGAGGAGAGGAUGCAGCAGAGGAGAGAGAUGCUACGAGAUCCAGAAAUGAGAAAUAAAUUAAUUUCUAACCCAACUAAUUUCAACCACAUAGCACACAUGGGCCCAGGAGAUGGGAUACAGAUACUAAAAGACCUGCCAAUGCCAGGCUUCCCUUAUCCAUCCCCUCAUCAUCACUCCGGCCUGAUCUCCUCUCCGAUCAACUUUGAGCACAUCUAUCACAUGACUGUUAAUUCUGCUGAAAAAUUUCUCUCUCCUGAUUCCAUAAACCCCGAGUAUUCCCCGUCUCUGCACUCUGUCCCUGGUACACCAAGCUUUAUGACUCUGAGGAACCCUCGGCCCCAGGAAAGUCGGGCGGUGUUCAGUGGCUCAGUCAGUAUUCCAUCCAUCACCAAAUCCCGCCCUGAGCCCGGCCGCUCCAUGAGCGCCAGCAGCGGCCUGUCAGCGAGGUCCUCUGCACAGAACGGCAGUGCAUUAAAGAGAGAAUUCUCUGGAGGAAGCUACAACGCAAAGUGGCAGCCCAUGCCCUCCCCGUCAGAGGGCUCCUUGUCUUCCGGAGGCAUGGACCAGGGAAGUGAUGCCCCAGCCAGGGACUUUGACGGAGAGGACUCAGAUUCCCCAAGGCACUCCACAGCUUCCAACAGCUCCAACCUAAGCAGCCCGCCUAGCCCAGUGUCGCCCCGGAAGACCAAGAGCCUCUCCUUGGAGAGCACCGACCGCGGGAGCUGGGACCCAUGAGCGGCUUUGGUGCUCGGAGUGGACGCCAGAGCAGCUUCUCCCUCUCAGCCCCCUCCACUGCCCUGUCUCCACAUCCGUCCUCCGCCCCUGCCUGGAAGGCCCAGGGCCAGCGGCAGGAGCAGGGUGGGGGCUCAGGGAUGCGGACGAUUGCACCUGCAGCCCCAUGCCCCCCACAUCCCCUGCACCCCCUUGACUUAACAACAACCACCAUCAAGGCAGACUUCCACUGAGCAGCUUCAAUGAAUAUCGAUUCCAUUUCAUACUUAGAGUUGCUUCCCAUCAUCGUGUCCCGCUCCCUGAAGGUAGCUCGAGUAGACCUUGCAGAUGUGCACGGGAAGAACGUCAGGCAGACUGGUUUUCCACGGCAGAGUCUCAGCACCCCGGGCAGCACAUGGGUCCCCCCCACCAGCCCCCCGCCCUCCUCCAGCACCCACAGCCAAUGUCGACCUGAUCAUUGCCAGUAAAUCCUUAUUCACUAAAACAGUGCAUAUUUUACUACAAUACAGAUUUUAAAUAAGUACACAAAUGUAGAGGUUAAAUACUGAAUGUAUAUAGUAAAAAGCAUCUUGUAUUCAGCAAAAGUUGGAUUCCUAUAUAAGAGAGAGAUCAUUUAAUUUAAAGAAAUGUGUUGUUUCUCGUCUGUUUUCCAGCUAAGUAAUUUAAAGGGUAGGAAGGCCUCAAGCUGACAUUCUAGACCUUGGUAGACAGCGCAGAGUCAGUUUCCUCUCUGGUCGCAGCCACGGUCCUCAGGGGCUGCAGGAAAACAUUUCAAAACCCGGUCCGACUGCUCUGGACUGCGGCCCAAGCACCAGACCCAGCCCAGGAUGCCUCUUCAGCAGCAGCGUGAACAGGCAAAUUUACUUCCAGAUCUUUUGGUAAUGGUAGAAUUCGAACCACACUCCUCAGUUUUUACUGUAUUUUGCUAUCUUCUGCAGAUGAAUGUAGAAAUGUGGUCUCGUCACCUCCUGAGUCCUUCCUUUGAAAGCACUCAAGCGAUGUCAUGGCUUCUCAAGGUCCCUAAAAAUGUUCCUAGACGUGCUUUCCUCCUGGGCUAAGCCUGUUCCUCCCUGCGUUGCCACGAGGCGUCCUUGGCCAGGGCCCCCCUCAGAGAAGCCUGAGAGUUUAAUUACCAAAUAAUAGAAAACCUCAAAUGCAAGGACUUGCACAGCCUUAACCAAAUACUCUUCCCCGCCCCCGGUGGAAAACAGAAGUGUUGGGCCCACUAGGCAGGUGCCCCGGUGGCACUGUGCUGUUCCCACCAACACCGGGAAGCGAGUACGCACCCCGGAGGGCUGGAGUCCUUCACAGUUUAGUUCCUCAGUUAAGCACAUGAGCAGAGAAAGAAAUAAAAAUAUCUCAUGGAAGUAAAGAGAAUCUGGCUCUCUUCCUUUUUAUCUAAAUUUCUCUGAGAACUAGCGACAAGAGUUCCUCCUCUCUCUCAGCUUAGGUGCGCGUGGAGUCCGAGUGGCAGUGUCCGAGCUCUGUGGCCGCC